UCAAAACUUUCUUCUUUAGACUUUGUCAAAUUUUCGGAUAAUAGACUUGUUCGUGGUCCAAUUUCAACAUGAAUCCCUUCAUUUUGACGUUGAUGACAGAAUGUUACCUCGAAAUUAUCAAGGCAAAGUCGUUUCGGUUGAGAUUCCUAAUUACAUCAAAGCAUCCGUUAUACUCCGCAUGUUACAACAUGUCUUUGACAUAGAUGCAUUUUGGCAGACUAUCCAUACAUAUUUAUAUAAAAAGGAGCAUCAUCCCGAUAAUUUCUGGAAAGCUCUCAAAAAUGCUUACGAUGAAAUAAAUCCAGGAUCAUAUGACAUAAAAGAGAUGAUGUAUCCUUGGUCAAAACAAAAGGGAUAUCCUGUGUUGAAUAUAUUACAUCAUGACGCGGACAGUGUAAAUAUAUCGAUAGAAAAUCUUGAUGUAACGAACGAAAAUCGAUGGAUACCUAUCAGCUAUACUACAGAGAAAAAUUCCAAUUUUAAUAAUCCUGCGCCACUUUUUUGUUUGAAUCCACCAAAGAAACCGUUUAAUCCGUAUAAUCAAUAUUUUAUAUUACCCAUCGGAUACAGAGAGAAUGGUUGGAUUAUAUUUAAUAUACAACAAACUGGAUAUUAUCGCGUCAACUAUGAUGAUAUAUAUUGGCAAAAAAUUGCUCUAUAUCUGAACAGUGAGAAUUAUCGGAAAAUACAUGUUCUGAAUCGUGCUCAAAUCAUCGAUGAUGCGUUUCAUUUUCUACUAUUGCACAAGUUAAAACCUAACACAUUCUGGGUACUUACGAAAUACCUAUCGCAAGAGACAGAUUACAUAGCAUGGUAUCCUAUGUUCAAAGCUAUUCAAUAUAUAUCAAUUUCUUUUUCAUUUCCAGAAAUGGGAGAAUAUUAUAUUAAGGAACAAUUAAGAAAAAUGCUGAAUGGGCUCCUUCAGAUUAUAAAAUACGAAGAAAAAUCUACGGACAAUGACUUUACUAAAGCUUUAAGGCAAGAAGCUGUGCAAUGGGCAUGCUUUCUUAAACUGUUCAAUUGCUUAAAAAUGGCCAACAAUCAAUUGAAACAACAUCUCGAAAUCUCUACAAAACUUUCGCCGUUGUGGAAGAAAUGGACUUAUUGUUAUGGUUUGCAGACAGCAGACAAUACUACUUGGCAUCAAAUGCUGAAUAAAAUAAGAGGAAUUAAUGAAAAAAUUUUAUACUUUCUAACUUGCCCAAAUCAUCUGGUUGAGAUAAACAACUAUAUAUUAACAUAUUAUACAAGAGAUGAUGCCAUUGAGCUUAAUUAUAAGACUCCGCAAUAUAAUAUAUAUAAUAACAAAUCGUCUAUAUCUCUUGUAUCGUAUAAUCGUAUAAUAACUCAAUACGCAUUAAGGCAUUUUGUUUUUACUAUUGCAAAUAAUACAAGAAACAAUGAAACAUUCAAGAAGUUAUUAAAUGAUUUUGAAAAUAUAACACCCAGUCAAGUCACAAUGCCUGCAGCAUUACUCAUUCUUAUUAAUAAUAUAUAUUCUUACCAACAACUUGAUAAGAUAUUCGACUUUUUCCAAAGCGUCAAGAAAUAUCAAAUUUAUAAUAUAGACUAUAAGAUAAGAACACGUAAGAUUCAACUUUACAAUCGUAUACUAUUACUUAGAAACAUAAAGCCAAUCAAUAGAAGUUAUAUAGAAAUAUAACAUAUGCGGAUAUCAGUCUAUUUUAAUACAUCUAUACUAUCAAUAAUUUUUUAUAUGAUUAUUAUUUUUAAUUAUGUAUAAUCGAUAAUGUAAUUACAGUUAGCAAUACUUCCAUAUACUUAAUCUAUAUCUCCCAUUGUUAAAACAACAUCGAUAUGAAACAGAUAAAUGUAAUUACUGCGAUUAGUUUAUUGUUUCGCUUAUUUUGAUAUUUCGUAAAUUAUUGUAUCGCAUUUUGAUAGAUUUUAAAAUUAAUGACUAAUCACGAAAUGUAUUAUCGGAUCGGUGGUAUUCGGAAGAGAGAAAGA